AUGUAUGAGCAAUUAAACAGCCACUAUAAUACGGUCAAUGUGUUGUUUCAAGAUGCGGAUUAUGUGAACGAUCACGCUUCUAGUAGCCGUCACCAUAGAGAUCCUCACUAUUAUAUUAAAAACUCGGGAGAGCUCAUUGAGCAGAUUAAAUUAUAUUACAAAAAUGGGGAAAAGAGAGGUAAUAAUUUUUGUAAACUUUUUGAGCCAUUACAUUGGGCAAUUAUCAACAAGAUAGACCAAAAAGAAAUAGAAGGUCCUCCCUCCGAAGAAGAUAAAGAGCCAGCAUGGAGAAAAGUAAUUGAAAAAAUUGUGUAUAAGAAAAGGUAUUAUAUGCUUGAAAAAGACGAUAUCAAUAGUCCAAUUUCCAUAUUAGAAAAUGUAUUUAAAAACCACUUGGACCAAGUAGCAGUAUUAAAGAAUAAAUUUAAAAGUACUUAUGAAAUAGGGCUAUUUGAAUUUUAUCUUGAAAAGCAACAGUUAGAGGGUAAUAGCUUAGAUAACACUAAGAAAUUUUUUGAUUUCAUGAAUUCUAAGUCUUCAGAUGAGUUGCUGGAAUCGUACAUCCAAGAAAAGUUAGACCUUAAAGCCCCUUGGGAGGAGAUCAAUGAAAUUUUAGAACGACACGGUUUUCAGUACUGGUACAAAGCGAACGAAGGGAGCAACUCAAAUACCAAAAACUUUGUUUUAACCAAGCAAGUGGGUGGGUUGAGUAUUAACAUAGAACCUGGUGCGCUUUCUUCUGGAGAAAAGGUGGCAUUAGGGUUACUCUCUCAGUUAUUUUAUUUUAGAGGCAUUUCUGCUGAGGGGAAAAACCCUGCAGAAACACCGCAUCUGGAUGUGAUGCUGUUGGAUGAGCCAGAUCGCCACCUAGAUCCUGAGUUGUGUAAGAAGAUGUAUGAGAUUAUUUAUCAGGAAUUUGUUAAAAAACACCAUGUACAGGUCUUUAUGACGACUCAUCGCCCUGAUGCUGUUUUUUUUGCCCCAGAUAAUAGCAUUUAUACCCUAGGGGAAGGAAGUCGACUGAUCAUUGAUCCAGCUGCAGCAAUUAAUCGGAUGACCUCUAAUAUGAUAACGCCUGCGCCAAACCAGAGAAGCGCAGCCUCUAUGUUGUCAGGAGGGAAACUGGCUGUAUUUGAAGACGUUAGUUAUGUAUUAGCUGAAAACGAAGACGAUGUUAAGUUUUAUAAUAUCAUCUAUCAAAAAUUAAAAAGCGGUUAUUCUGGCGUUGUUGCUAAUAAGACGCAGUUGAUCUUUAUGCCAGUAGGGAUCAAGUUAGACGCAAUGAAGAAAGACAAAGAAACCCUUCAGGAUAAAGUCGAUGAGCUUGGAAAAAUGGCCAAUGAGCUAGCUCAAGACUUGUCAGGGAAAGAAAACCUCAACAAACGGAUCAAAUCCCUCAAGGAAGGGAUUAAUGAUCUGGCAAAAGGGAUUAAUGAUCUGGCAGUAUAUGAAGAUGGAGGGGGGGGGAGAGAUGCUGUGAUAAAGAAAGUAAAUAAUAUUCCUGUUUACCAAGGGGAAUAUGACACGUAUGGAAAGGUAAAGGCUGAGGGCUACCUAAAAGAAUUAAUAAAUCAAAAUCACAGGCAAAAUGUCUUUUUAGGGGUUAUUGAUAGUGACAAAUCGAUUCGGACAAACAAAAGGGGUGCUGAAGGGAUGGUACAUGCCCUCAAUGCUUAUAGCUUUGAGAACUAUUUAUGUAUGCCACUCAAUUUGUUUUAUUACAUCAAAAAGUAUAUGCCCACUGCUUAUUCAAAUUUUAAUUUUUCAGACUAUCAAGGGAUAGAUCAAGACCAGCUACAGCGUAUUUUUAAGGGUGAGGAUGAAAAUUUUGAGCAAGGACGUAGUGCUAAGGAGGAACUACAGCAAAUUUCUGAGUGGGUUGAUAAAUACUUAGAGCAACAAUUAGAUACUCGGAAGAAAGAGCUAACUACGUGGGUUAAGGGAAAAUUAAGUUCCCAUGACAAAUCUCUUAAAUCCAAAAUUAAAGGUUGGACCAAAGCGCAUCUAAAUAAGACCUACAAUAUGUGCCAAAUUUUUAGUAACAAACAAACCGACCAGAUAACACUCAUUGGCGAGCAGACCAUUAAUUAUAGGAAGCCGUUUUUUACUAAACAGGGGCAUGAAUUAAUUAAAAUAAUGUACAAACUUAUGCCUGAUCAUAGAAAUAAGCAGCCAGACGACACACUGUUUAAGCAAUUCAUGCAAUAUUUAUCGCCUACCGCAGAUACAAGUAUUGAAAAACAAGAAAUAGCGGAAUUCUUUAAAAUGAUUAACCAAACCUUUCUGUCUGAAGAAAAGAGCGAGAAAGAGAUGGAAAAGAAAAUGACAGAACGCUUAUUGAAAGCAUUUGAAGAAAUUCCGGUAGCCUAUUUGCCUAAAAGCCUAUGGGAACUCAUUGAGCGUCUGCAAAAUGCAGAGGAAGUAAGGCUCCGACCCGCAGCGGGCGAGUCGGAAAAUCAAGAAACCGACCCGUGA